UUCAACACUCACAUCCGGUAGCUGACCUUUGCAGGUUGAAAAUAUUGCUGUUGAACAUGGCUGGAAAAAAUUCCAGUUGGAAUCCAUGGGAGAUGUUCAAAGAAACACCAGAGGAAUUACAGAAUAUUGAAAAACGAAAGGCAAUACGCUCUGUUGCACGAGCUGAAUGGAUGAAGAAAAAGACAUCUCCUUACAGCAGUGGUUCUGGAUAUAUUUUUGAUCCAGCACUGCAGCGAAUUGUGUCAGCAAAAAUGACAAGAUUUCAACACUUCAAUGUUUCUUCCAGAACAACAUUAAGUGGAUUUCUGUUGUAUGUAUUCCCUAUAGGUUUGCUUUGUUAUUCGAUGGACAAAUAUAAGACUGAAUACUACAGAGGUGUGAAUUCAGGAGAAAUUACAGCUGACAAACAAACUUUGCGAUUUAUGUGGUAGAUAAAGUUUAUUCUGGUGUUGAAUGACUGUGAACAUUAAGUGACUGUACAAGCUCAUAGAAUUCUUUUCAAUGGAAUUUAUUUGAGCAAUCCUGAGUAGACAAAGUCUUAACAAUAAAGAAUUUUGUAUUGUUA